AUGAAGGUGAGUGGAAGAGCAGUCUUGUGCCUAUUACAAUUAGUUAUAGUCACUGCAAAAAUAUUCCCAGAUCUGACACAGUCUAAUAUAGCAAACACUGAUACUAAGCAGGCUAACUCUGAAAAGAAUAAAAGUACUUCUGAAACAAGCAAAGCCAAAGCCAAGCCUGAUGCGAGUAAAGCCAAGCCUGAUGCGAGUAAAUCUAAAGCGAAGCCGGACGCGAGUAAGGAUAAAAAUAAGCCAGAUGAUAAAUCAUCAGAUAAGUCUGGUGGUAUAUUAGGUUUAUUUGGAGGCAAGUCAAGCACAAAUAAGAGCAAAGACAGCAAGAAAAAUAGCGCAGAUGUAAAUAAGGACAAGGAUAAAUCUAAAGAUCAAAAAAAUAAGUCGCAAGAUAAAUCCUCUGGUGGUAUAUUUGGGCUAUUUAGUGGGAGUAAGUCACAGGAUAAGUCUAAAACAGAUUCCAAGCAGUCUAAGGAUGCCAAAGAUGCUAAAGACAAGGCUAAGGCGGAUAAGGCCAAGAAAGACAAGGAUGCUAAAGACAAGGCCAAGAAAGACAAGGAUGCUAAAAACAAGGUUAAGGCGGAUAAGGCCAAGAAAGACAAGGAUGCUAAAGACAAGGCCAAAGAUGCCAAGGACAAGCCUAAAGACAGCAAAGAUAAAUCUAAGGAUGAUAAAGAUGCCAAGGACAAGUCUAAGAAUGAUAAAGAUGCCAAGGACAAGUCUAAGGAUGCAAAGGAUGGCAAUGACAAGUCUAAGGAUGGCAAAGAUAAAAAUGAUUCGGGAGCUACACCAAUCGUUGCAGGUGUACCGCAAAACAAAGAUAACAAGCCUGAUAGCGUGAAUGAUAAGUCUACAGUCAGUUCUGUAUCCAGUAUAUCUAGUAUAUCCAGUGCUUCUACUGUAUCUAGUAUUUCUACUGUGUCUAGUGUAUCUAGUAUAUCCAGUGUGUCUAGUGUAUCUAGUAUAUCCAGUGUAUCCAGUAUAUCCAGUGCAUCCAGUGUAUCUAGUAUUUCUACUGUGUCUAGUGUAUCCAGCAUAUCUAGUGUAUCUACUGUGUCUAGUAUGAUUGGUUCUGCCUCUAAUGAUUAUAUUUCUACUGUGCUAUCGUAUGGUAGCCGUAUAUCUAAUUAUAACACAACCAAUGUGUCUAUUACCAAUAUAGCUGUAUACUACAAUGUAGAGUGCAGCUGCUAUAAAGAUGUAUCUGAUAGAAUUAGUUUAUAUUCAUCUAAUGGCGUGAUUAAAGAUAAAACAGGAAUUUUUAUAGGUGUGGACUGUGGUAAGACUAAGGAAGAAGCCAGAAGUAAAUCACAAUUGACUUCGACUGGAUUAUACCAAACAAAUAUUUCCCAAGAGGAAAUAGACGCACAGACAAAAUCCCUGCAAAGCAUGGUUAGUACACUCGGCAAAAAUAAUAUUAGUAGCAGUACAGUUAAUAGUGUAAGUAUAUCUAAUAAUGUAUCUGGCGGCAGCAGCACUACUAAUGUAGAUGGUGCCAGUGCGACUAGUAAUAGUGUAAAUGUAUCUAGCAAUAGUGCAGAUAGUGCAAGUGCAGCUGCUGGGGCCGGUGCCAUCGCAGGCGCGGCUUCUGGUGCUAGCGCGAAUGCAGGUGCAACUGCUGGAACUGAUGCCAGUGCUAAUACCGGAGCAGCCUCUGGUGCUAAUGUAGGCGCGGCUUCUGGUGCUAGUGCUGAUGCUAAUGCAGGCGCAGGUGCAAGCGAUGCAAAUGUACCUAGCUCACCCAUACCAAAUGCAAAUGGUGGCGAUGCUAAUAUGUCUAGUAGUUCAUCUAGUGUUUCUAUAGCUACUGUUCCUCCUACUGUUCCUAAUACUGGUAUAAAUAACCAAAGCUCACCCAAUCCUUCUUUACCCAGCUCUGGCAGUAAGCAAGGAUGUGGCAACAUGUGCUAUGACGUUGUAAGAUACUUUAAGAUAAAGUUGCCUCAGCCUGUAAUACACUCUAUAUCUACACUUACAAAUAUACUAUCAGUAUACAAAACCGUGGAUAGAUUAAUUACUACUACAAAUGUAAUAUAUAGUACUAAUACUGUAGAUAGAGUAGUCACCACUACUAACACCGUAUACAAUACUAAUACAGUGUAUACUACUAAAAUACAUACUAAAAUCAUAACAAACACCGUUACAGUAAAGCCUAAACCACAGAAUGCAUGUAAAUUGUGCAAUGUAGAAUAUACAGAGUAUAAGACAAUUCCCAUCUCAAUUGAUGCUUCAGCCUUUGUAGAAGAAUUAUGUCCAUGUGAGAAUGCAUUCUGUCUUAAUCCCUGCACGCCCAUGAUAGAUGCAGUGCAUGGGCAUAUACUAAAUAAUGGAGAAAGUAUACAGAACACACAAAAUAAACAAGUAAAAAUAGGGCAGAGCAAUCAAGCCAAUUAUGUAGAUAAAAUACAGCAGAUUGACAGCCAAUCUGGCCAAAUCAGUCAAAGCAGCGGUCAAUCUACGCAGAGUAAUGAACAAAGCAGUGGACAAAUAAGCCAAUCUGGCCAGAGCACUGGUCAUAUAGAUCAAGCACAACAGGGCAGUGGCCAAAAUCUACAAAGCAAUCAGACGAACAUACAAGGCAGCCAACAGAGCAUACAAAAUAGGCAGGGAAGUGUACAAAUCAGCCAGAAUAGUGGCAGUGCAAGCCAAGUAGAUCAAAUGCAGCAGAUCCACCAGGGGGGUCAGAUUGGUGAUAUACAUCCAAUGGGUAUAGAUGGAGAAAUACUUGGGCAUGUACAAAUAGUAGAUGGUCAUUUAGUACAAGGUAUAAGCAGCAGUGUUAGUGCAAGCAGCACUAGUGCCGGCAUACAUACUGCCCCUGCUAGAAAUACACCAGAUAUACCUACUAUUGUAUAA